AUGUCCCACAAAGCCCUGGACUCACGGCCCUCCUUAGAUUCGUGUACAUUUCAACUCCAUAGCUGGAGACCUUUUCAGCUUCAACAACAGCCAACCAAAACCCUAGACUCCGAUCCCGCCAACCCCAAACCCUACCACACCAAGCGCCCAUGCCUCUCCAACCGAGCCACGUCGUCGUUUUCCAUCGACGCCAUCGACAUGUCCCGGCUGACUCUGGUCGACGACGACCGGACCAUCUCCGGAGGGCACCACCACAAGCACGGGAGCUUCCGAUUCCUUGCCAGGAAGAGGCGGCGGCACGGGUCCAGGUCGGUGUCGGGUCGGAGCAGCGAUCGGAGCGGGACCCGGAGGUGCUGCUCCGUCGGGGCUUCCGCUGCUCACGGGACGUGUUCGGAUUUUCCGGUGGCGAUUGGGACGGACUCGAGUGGGGAGCUGUUUGGGAAUGGGGAUGCGAAUUGGGCAUCGGAUGUGAGUGAGGCUAGGAAUUUGAGGAAGGAGAGGGAUGGAGUUGGGAGUGGAGAGAAGGAGACUACUCCGGGUGUCGGGUUUGGGCCGGGUGGGGGGUUUGAUGCUCAGGGAAAUGAAUCCGGGUAUGGUAGCGAACCGGGUUACCGUGGGGACGCCGAGUUUGGGUAUGGUGAUGAACUUGAUGAGGAGGAGGAGGAUGCUCGUCUGUUGUUUUGGGGCAAUCGAUUUGGAGAUAGCGAUACAAUGAUGGAGGUUGUGGGUGAGAAUACUUUCACAGAUCAAAAAUCGCAUCACAGAUGUCGCCGUAAGAAACACGAUUGCAGAAUGGUUGUCGAUUCACUGAGGUGA